GAGGUUUUAAGGUCCAUGAAUUUUUAUGAAGUUUGAUAUAUAUGUCAAUAUAAUUUGUUUGCUUUGCAAUAAUUUGUUUAUGCUUUUGAAAGCAUUAUUCUGAAAAGAGUUAAGUCGGUACCCUCAAAGGGGUAUAUGAUUUAAAAAAAAAGUUGACCUCAACUAGGUGAUCUUGAAGGCUCCUCUCAUUUAUGAGGGUCUAUUAUUCUAGGACCUUGGACUUUUUCCAUUAAAAUAUAGGAGAGUACAGCUUGGAAGGAAGAAUUAAUGAUAGACAAAUGAAUGGUUGAAUAAAUGGAUGAAAAAAGUAUCUAUUGAGCGCUUACUAUAUGUAAAGCUCUGUGCUUAAUGUUAGACACAUAAGCUUACUUUUUAAGCAAGGACGCCACCUAAAGUUCAGAUAGGAGCUCUCUGACCUAGGAACCCAAGUUUUCAGCACAGAGGGAGCGGACGGACAAGUUUCUGAGGCGGAACGGACGAGUUUCUGAAACUCGAGUCAAAGUCACCGGUGGCGCUGAUCCUUGACAAUUGGUGGGGUGGCUGGGGUGUGGAAGCCCAGAUUUGGGGAGAUCCUGCAGGGGCAACGGGGGAUGGCGGCGGUGGGGCUUUGGGGAGCAGCAGCGCGCGGUCUAAGGCUAGCAGCCUUUGGGCCUUGUGGGCAAACGCUGCCGGUAAGGCCCUCGACCCCGCCUUUCUGGCCAAGGCCGGGCCGGGCCCUCCGCUUGUCUGCGGUGAUUCCAGCCGGGCACAACAAGUGGUCUAAAGUCAGGCACGUAAAGGGGCCCAAGGACACGGCCAGGAGCCAGGUCUUCACGAAGCUCUCGAGACUCAUCCGUUUUGCUGUCAAAGAAGGAGGCCCCAAUCCUGAGUUAAACAGCAAUCUGGCCAAUCUCCUGAAGUUGUGUCGAAGCAAGAAUAUGCCAAAGUCAACGAUUGAGGCAGCACUGAAAAGUGAGAAAAACAAGGACAUUUAUCUUCUCUAUGAAGGACGAGGUCCUGGCGGCUCUUCUCUACUCAUUGAGGUACUUUCAGACAGUAGUACCAAGUGUCAUUCAGACAUCAAGCACAUUCUGAACAAACAUGGGGGAAUGAUGACUGAUGGGGCCAGGUAUUCCUUUGACAAAAAAGGGGUCGUUUUUAUUGGCACAGAAGACAAAGAAAAGAGGACUGUGAACUUAGAACGAGCCCUAGAGUUGGCAUUUGAGGCUGGAGCUGAAGAUGUACAGGAAUCUCAGAAUGAUGAUGAGAAAAAUAUGCUUAAAUUUAUAUGUGAUGUCACUUCGCUGCAUGAAGUGAGGACAAAACUGGACUCGCUGGGUUUGUGUUCUGUGUCCUGUGUCCUAGAAUUCAUCCCUAACAUGAAAGUGAAGCUGUCAGAUGGGGACAUGGAGGCAGCUGCCCAUUUAAUUGAAGCACUUAAUAGCUACGAGGAUGUGAUUCGAGUCUAUGACAAUAUUGAAUAACGGGAUUUGCUAGGAUUGCCUCAUUCUUCAGGUAGCAAUGCGUCUCAGUAGUAUGAAUUUCCAUAAACUACUUUUGGAACCUGAGAACAGGAUGCCUUGACAUAUCAUCAGUGUAUUAAGCCAAGUGGACAGUGGAGAGUCACAGCACAGCCAGUAUGCUGGGUGGUUGUUACUUGCUUUGUGUUCCAUGAAGAAAGAAGAACCUCAGAAUCUUCAUGUGGCAUAAUGAGAACAACUGAGAUGAUGUCUAGUCCCUGCUGACUAACUGAACCUAAAUGUCUAAUCAAGAUGCUGCUAUUGGCUUAGUCUGUGACCAAAGAUCACCCUUUACGUGACUUCUUAGUGAAUCACUCUGAAUGCCUGGAACAGAAACUACUUUUUUUUAAAUAGUAACAAAAAUGAUUUGUAUUGGUAAAUUGUCUGGUGUGUGAUGAUUAACUGUUUACAAUGUUUUUUUUUCCUUCAUGAAAUGUGACUUUAUCCACCUAGGCACAUUAAAUCUCCCCAGAAGGACUAAAAUCCUUUGAAUACUCA